AUGCGUCUUGUUACUUGGAUAGGGCUUCUUGCAAGCCUUGCUGUGGCAUUUCCUGGGCCGGAUUUCGACGUGGAGGCUCGAGGAGUAAUGACGGUGGACUUGGAUGCGUAUCCAGAUUCUGUUGUUAAAGGACAAUGCAAUGAGUGCUGCCCGACUACAAUCAGGACAGUAAUUACGAAAGUCACUACCACAAUCUACCAGGAGAAAACGAUAUACACAACUGCAACAGAGCACGAUGUUACUACCAAACUGGAAUAUACGACCAAGUAUAUUACCACGACGGCAUUGUCAACUUACACAACUUCGCAUCCUGUGACGGUAACCAAGACUGUCGACUGCGAACCUUCAUAUCCCUCAUAUCCUUCAUACAAACGCGGAAUUGACGGCCAGAGACUUGAAGGCCGCACAAACUGCAAGACAAUAACAGUAACAUCGUGGGCCACGACAACAGCCACCAGGACAGUCACGGGCAUCGAGUCCAUCGUCACGACCAAGACGGUCGACAGGCCGACGACAAUUCACGACACACGCACCAUCAUCGGCACAACUACCCUUUGGGUACCGACCACAUACAUCGAGACCAAAACCAUCGUCAGCGAGCGUCCCGUCACCCUGACCGUCGACAACACCAUCUACACCACCAAAUCGACCACCAUCUACACAACGCUCGUCUCAACCAUCACCACGAGCUACCCCGUCGUCACCACAAUCACCGCACCCGGCCAGACGAUAACAGCACCAGGUCAAACCGUAACAGCACCCGGUCAGACGCAGACUCAAACCCAGAUCCAGACGCAGACCGUCACUGCACCAGGCCAAAACAUCACUCAGACACUCCCAGGACAAACCGUCACCGUCCCCGGCCAACCCAGCACCAUCACCUUCACCCUCCCCGGCGUCACGAAAACCCUAGACGGCACCACCGUCGUGGUAACCACAACCAGAACCCUCCCCCAGUCAACUAUCCGCAUCACCGAGAAACAAGGCACCCGAACAGUCACCCAGCCCGCAUCAACCGUCGUCGAAACACGCACAAUCACCCUUCCACCCACCACGGUCGACAAACCACCCAGCACAGUCACCGUAUCCCCCAUCUUCAACGUCACUCUCUGCCCAACACCAACCGGCAUCUCCGUGCCCCUGACGCCAAAGUCCAACCGCACAUUCGGCUGCGACCCAGGCUACGUGUGCAAUCCGCCCAAACCCAACGGAUGCAAUCUGUGGCCAGAACCCCCAUCGGACAACUACCUCUGCAGUCCGCAACACUGUAUCCCCUCUCCGCCCCGAACAAACGUCACUUGGGAUGAGUGCGAGACGAGCUACUACCCCCCCUCAUACGGGUACUUCAACCUCAACCCCGAAGCCUUCGGUCUCUCCUACGACAUAUUCGAGUACGAAGUCAUACACAAGACCAUCAACGGGAAACCCACCACCAUCACAACCGGAAACUGGGCCUCCCAAUCCUCACUCACAGCCUGGCCGAAACCCAAGCCCACUACAUCCCAAUCCGUCCCCUCAUACGGAUAUGUAUACCCCCGAGACUCCAACUACUCAAACAGCAAGUGCAAAAAGUCCAAGAGAGCAAUCACCCCCGCCGUCUGCUUCAGCAUGUGCAACCAAGCCUUUAAUAUCGGCCAGGAGCUCGGCAAGUCGGACAAGUUGUGCGAGGAGGGAUCCUCCUUCAGGAGCACCUUUGACAGCUGCACCACCUGCAUCAAGAACAACUCCGUGGGCGACACCGUAACCGACUAUGUAGAGCCGCGGUUCCACCAGUUUUUGGACUUUUGCAAGGGCAGAAAGCCGGAGCAGCCGCCGACGGCGUCGCCUACGACCCCUGAGCCGGCUGUCACGCAGCAGCCGACUGUGGCGACGAGCACGCAGGUCCAGACAAGUCAGCCGAGCUUUACGCCUGUGCCGUCUGAUCCUUCUACCGUGGUGCCUCCUGUGUCGAGUACGUCUGUGGUGGUGAGCACGGGGAAUAGUGUGUCGUCUACGCAGAUUGUGCCUUCGUCUCAGCAGAGCUCGCAGGUUGUUUCGUCGAGUCCUACGGGUGGCAAGUCGACGACGACUGUGCGGGAAGUGACUACUACUACUCAACCGCAGACUACUCCUGCUACAAGCGGGAGCAGCACUGCUCCUGGAAGUAGUCAUCCCGGUUCUGGCAGCACUACCACCGCCUCAAGCACAAGUAAUGGUAAUACUAAUACACACAUCAUCAGCAGUGAGACAGGAUCAGGAACCGCUGCAGGCACAACUGAAACCACAAGCAUUGGAAAUGGCAACGGCAGUGGUCCCAGCGACACCAUCACAAGCACGGGGACAUCAUCUCCCCCCGUUGUCACCGCCGCCGCUUCCCGCACCUCGCGGCGUUUUGCUUCUUCCGCAGCAAUGGCUGUGGCUUGCGUCCUUGUCGUCAUGUGGUAA